CCUUCCAACAUAGCUAUGAAAAUAGGAAAAAAAUAAAGAUAGGCUCGGAAUCCUUUCGCCGAGGCCCCAAAUAUCUCAACCGAAACCUCGUCUCGCUUCGCCGGAAGGGAUCGUUGAUGGAUACGGGAUGCAGACUUUCUUCUCAGCCGAUUGUCUCCUCCUCCGUGCCGUCCGAUCUGAAGAACUUCGCGUUCCAGCUAUACGAUUCCUCGUUCUUGGUCCGAUCGACACCUUGGUUUCGAGAACUGUGGAUUGGGGUCUCAGAAUAGCGCGACAAGGUUGAAAAAGCUUCUGCAAACUGGUUGAGUCAAAUUUGUUGGGGCACUUGCGUGGGUUUUUUUUUCUCCCUCAUACUGGGCUGGAAGAUUAAAGAACAAGUAUGCGGCAUAUACAUUAUUUUUCAUGAAUCAUUCCUGGUGAUAGUCCGUUUGGUUUCUAAGAUGACCAUCUCGAGAAGUCCAUUAAAUUCAAAUAUGCAGCAGCCCAGGGUCCGCACUCCUGGUUGGGCUGCCUUUGAUCGCAAGCAGCGAGCGAAAGAUGGCACCUUGCCUGAAUGUGAUGCCGAUCCUUUCCCAUCCAUCUCCAAUGCAACUUCUUCCGGUUCUGCCAAAAAUUUGGUGACAAACAAUAGCACAAGUAUGAGGUCUUCUUCUUUGGCUGUUCGCCCGUAUGUAAAAUGCCCACUACCUGUGAAUAACCAGAAAAGUGGAUUUUUAAAUGAUAAUUCUGCUGCGAGGCAUCUAGAUCAUCAAAUCACUGCCAAAAAUAAUGUAAAUCCUGCUGUCAAGAUGCUGAAAGAUGUUCAUAGUUGGGCUGAUCAAAAUUUGAUUAAGGACCUAUUAGCUGCUGUGAAUGGUGAUGUGGACCAAGCUUCCAUUAUUCUCAAAGCAAUGGUUUCACCUGACUCGAACAAAGAGAAGACUAGCUGCUCUGAACUGAGCACUUUUAUCAGCACUAAAGAUAAAUGCUGGGGGCAAAGCCUUUCAAUAGAUAAUAAACUGUCAGAUGGUGCAGAUGCUGUGCUAAUAUCAAGCAAGGGCCCAAGCACUUUUAUGAAUGAUAGUACUAAAUUUUCAGUGGACAGCAAGCCAGCUAACAAUAAGCUAUCAGAUGGUGCACAUGAGGUGCUAAUUUCAAGGAGAUUGUCCUCUGUACCUGCUGAACCUGAGUGGGAAGAAAAUGAUGUCUACUUAAGUCACCGGAAGGAUGCAAUAAUGAUGAUGAGGGCGGCAUCUCAGCAUUCACGGGCUGCGAGUAAUGCUUACUUGAGAGGUGACCAUGUUUCUGCACGUCAGUUUUCCCUGAGAGCUCGAGGAGAGUGGACGGCUGCUGAAAAGCUGAACAUGAAAGCAGCAGAGAAAAUCUUACACAUUAGGAACAGCGAUAAUGACAUCUGGAAAAUAGAUUUACAUGGCCUGCAUGCUUCAGAAGCUGUGAGGGCAUUGAAGGAGCGUCUGCAUAAAAUAGAAUCCCAGGCCAUUAUGAGUUGUUCUGCUUCUUCUGAUGGGUUAGUGAAACUGGAGGCUGGAAUUUCACACUCAGCAUCAUUGGAGACUCUUAAAGGCUUGGAAAAGGACUCUCAUGCGAAGAAGAUGAGGGCAUUACCUCAGCAGAGACAAACAGUAUUACAUGUUAUUACAGGGACUGGGAACCAUAGUCGAGGACAAGCUUCGCUUCCAACAGUUGUCAGAAGCUUUCUUAUUGAAAAUGGAUACCAUUUUGCUGAUGCAAGACCUGGUGUAAUUGCUGUUCGCCCCAAGUUUCGCGACAAGUGAAUUAUGAGAUCCUGUCAUGGGUUGUGUAUGACGUCAUAAUUUAUAAUCCAUUUUGGUCCAUGUAUGCUUCUAUGCUUCUCUUGUUAGUGGAACCUUUGAAUUAUUUAUUGCACCCUAUGCUUCUUGUAAAUUAUGGACUCAGAAAUGAAGGCCAUGGUGUUCAGUGUUUGCAAUAUUGGUUGAAA